AUUCUGAAUCUUAUGAAGUGUGAGUGGCAGGACCAGAAGCAACGUAAACGACUACUCAAGGAGCUACAUAUUAAACGCGUACAAUCCUUACGAAAAGAACUCGAUUAUCUUAAGGCAACAGAGUGGAAAUAUCAGCCCAUUGAUCGGUACUUAGAUAGGAGCCAAAGAAAUUAAACAUGUUGACUCUAAUGUUCAACCUGGUUCAGUACACUAUAAAGCACAUGAAAGAUUAUUCGAAUAAAACUGAGAUUAAAGAUAUAGAUACAGCUAUAUCUCGUUUAGAAUGUGCAAGAGGUACGACUGAAACUGCAGAGGAAAAGAAAAUAUUGAAUGAAGAGGGAUGUUACUACAAAACAGGAACCAUCACCAAUGUUGCUGUGGAUUUUGUCACAAUAGAUAAUCUUUAUGUGUAUGAAAAAAAUGACCACUUGAGCAAUAAUCUAAAAGUGGGUGACGAUGUUUACUAUCUGGCAUUACUACGGGACCCGAAUGCGAAAUUAAGAGUAAUAAAAAUUAUUUCUCUAACAAAUAAUGAAUCAUGGGACAACCAGAGUGAAAUAUCAGAAAAUAAUGUAGUCUACAACCGCAUAAUACAAAAAAGCUUGAUCGCCAAAGUGACUCAACGUGAGGGUCGCAUCAUCAUCGUCGAACCAAACAAUAUUCGCAUCGAUUUGAAUAAAGUACAAUCCGAAUUUAUUCCUCUUGUUGGUGACUGGUUAACAUUAGAAUCUCUAGUUGAGGUAAACAAUGACUCUCCGGAUCUAUACGGCGAAAUCUUGGAAGUGGAUAAAAUCAAGUCGCUGCGAUGUAAUCUGAAUGUGGGUGUAAUAACUAGUUACGAUCCACAAAGUCGAGUAGGAAUAAUCGAUAAAAGUGUGAUAUUUCAUAAAGGUGCCUGCGAGCCGGGCUAUGUUCCUUGUGUUGACGACAAAGUAGUGAGCGAUAGUAUAGAAAGCGAUCAAGGAAUUUACAGAUGGAGAUCAUUAACUGUAGUACCAUUAGUCCAAACAGGAAACAAGAUUCCCCAUCAGUCAGUUAUAAACAAUUUGCAUUCGAAUGUAUCGAGUGACUUACUAAAGAAUAAAUGCGGAAUUAUCAUAGAUGAUGAAUUGAAAUUCAGUUUGGAUAUAGAAGAAGAGAGUACUCUGACAGUCACGAUUCGUAAUACUGACGACAAUGCUCACGUAUUGCGAAACGGUGCGUUUGUGUCGCAAAAAACUCCAUCUCAAUUAUCGGUAAUGUCACCGACGAAUAUGGAUAUUAGUACGGUAAUAAAACCCUCUGAAAGCAUUUCGUAUACAUUCAAAUGUAAAGCGAAAUUCGUUGGUAGAUCCGAGGAGUUGUUCAUCUUUAAAUUCGAAGACUUCGAGAUCGGUAAAUUGUUUCACAUAACUGUCAAUGCAAGAAACGUUUCACGAAACGCUCUUGCUACGUCCGUCGCGCAAAAGCACAGCCAGAAAAUCAACUUUGUCAAUCUCGAUGAAGAGAACGAAAUGACAUAUAUCCCCGGAAUAAAACCGUAUAGACCACCUGCUUUUGUUAAAGUACGCAACGGAAUUUUCCACGUGCCGCGAUACAUUUGGAACAUUAUCUUGGACAAUAUGAAGGAUGAAAAAUCGCAGAUAGAGUGCGAAGUUGCUCUAGAAAAUGAAAUACCAUGUCUCCUGAAACAAUUAACCUUGCAUACGUAUAGAGAACGUUUUCAUGUUUUACUAUACUUGGAAGAAAUAGCUCAGACGCUCAACAUACAACAAUACGACAUAAAACACGCGGUCAUGCGACGAUACGAAGAAUAUCUUACACUAGAAGUGCCGGGGUUAGUUGAAAAACGACUUUCUCUUCUGAUCGGUGAUAGAGCUGUAGUAUCUUUCCACUGGGAUAGCUCUCAAGGAAAACUGAAACAUGAGGGCUACAUUCAUAAAAUCAAAAGCAACGAAAUCUUUCUUAAGUUUAAUAAACAAUUUCAUCAGGACUAUAAGAAUGAAACUUGCCAAGUGACGUUUAAAUGCUCGAAAACUACUUUUCAACGUUGCCACAAUGCUAUUAAUUUUGCCAUUAAUCAUCUCGGAUCUGUGACUUUAUUUCCUACCAAAGUAGUGGAGAAGGAAGCGCAGUUUCACUUACAGGAGGACGAAGUCGAGGAGAAACACGUUCGUACGCGAAUCUAUAACAAACUAAACGGAUCCAUGUCAUCCGCUGACUCCUCUAAUAGUAUCGCUUCUGGUAGCGAUGUAUCUGUUGAUAGUGCAGUCAGAACAUCUCCAAGAAUGUCAGUAGUAGAGAGGCUUUUCAACGUUAAGCCUAUUAAAUCAUUACCCGAAGAGACGACUUCGUCUUCGGAAACAGAAUCUAAUUCGAAUUUCCAAAUGAAUCUAGCGAAGUGUAACGAUAAUAAUAAAACUAAUAUAAUCAGCAACACACUCUCAAAGAGAGCAGAUGAACAGACUACCCAGAUCAAUGAUGAAUUAAAACCCUAUAUCAAUCAGAUAAAAAAGCGCAAAUUAAUUUGGUAUGAUAAAAGAUUGAACUACUAUCAAAGGGAAGCCGUGAGAAACAUACUGAAGGGAUUAGCGCGUCCACUACCCUAUGUGAUAUUUGGUCCACCUGGAACGGGAAAGACAAUAACACUUUGCGAGGCGAUUCUGCAAAUUUUUACAAUGGUACCCGAAAGUAGACUUAUGGUGGCAACACCAUCGAAUAGUUCAGCGAAUUUAAUAACAGAACGUUUGUUGGAUAGUGACAUACUAAAACCUGGUGAUCUGGUCCGAUUAAUAGCUCAUCAUUGUCUAUAUGACGAUUCUAUACCUGAGAAAUUGCUGCCUUAUUGCGCUACAGCGGAUUUAGCGGAAGAGGGAACGAACGUACGCUCUUCUUAUUUAGGAAAGGGACCCAGAUUGAACUGUACUAUGUCUGUGCUAGGUCGUCAUCGAAUCACCAUCGGUACCUGCACCACUUUAGGGAUAUUGUACAACAUGGGUUUCCCGCGCGGUCACUUCUCCCAUAUUCUGGUGGACGAAGCAGGACAAGCAACCGAGCCGGAGAUUAUGAUACCGUUAAACUUUAUUCAUUCUGACCAAGGCCAAGUGGUUCUUGCGGGCGACCCGAUGCAACUCGGACCCGUCAUACAGAGCAAACUAGCUGCGCGCUACGGAUUAGGCGAGUCGUUUCUGUCGAGAUUGUUGCAUCAAUUUCCGUACCAGAGAGACAACGAAGGAUUCGAGAAUCAUUACGACCCGAGACUUAUCACAAAGCUCCUCAUAAACUAUCGUAGUUUACCGGAAAUAAUGGAAUUACCAAAUUCACUAUUUUAUGACUCCGAAUUAUUGCCGCAUAUAUCGUCUAAGAAGAGCAAGGAAGCUAAACUCUUAGAAACGCUGAGAGCAGAAUUGCCCGAGAGAAACGGAUCACCGCCGGCUAUUGUUUUCCACGGAGUCGAUGGCGAGAACUGCAGAGAUUCUGACAGUCCGAGCUGGUACAAUCUCGAAGAAGCGACACAAGUGUACCUCUACUUAUUGAAGUUGUAUAAGUAUGGACUUAAACCAGAUGACAUAGGAAUUAUAACUCCUUAUCAAAAACAGGUAAUGCAAAUCAAAGACUUGCUGUUUGAAUUAGAUGUCAAAAUACCGAAAGUUAGCAGUGUCGAAGGAUUCCAAGGACAAGAAAGAAAAGUGAUUAUUCUUUCGACUGUCAGGUCGUGUAAUAAUCUAAUCGACGAAGACAUCAAACACGCCCUGGGAUUUGUCGCUUCGCCAAAAAGACUCAACGUUGCAAUCACUCGCGCUCGCGCUCUGCUGAUAAUUAUUGGAAAUCCCAAAUUACUUUAUAUGGAUCCAUAUUGGAGAAGUGUUUUUAUAUACUGUAUGAAUCGUGGUAUGUACACGGGAUGUAAUUUUCAACAUGAUUUUAACAUAAGUGAUAUUUCUUAAUUAUAAUUAACGUAAAUUAUUGUAAUUCUGAACAAAAGAUCACAAUUUUUAAAAAAAAAAAAAAAUA